UAUACCGUGGCUCAUAAGGCUUGUUGGUUAAGUAACAAUUUAAUUAAUAAAAAUAUUGAUAAUAAACUUUAAACAGUUAUGGACGAAGCAAAAAAAACUGAAAGAAAAAGGAAAAGAUUUGCUGCACGCCUCAAAAGUUCUAAAGGAAUAAUAUGUUCAGACAGUCCUGAACCAAACAUAGUUUUGUGUAAUGUGGGCCAAGCGACAGGCUUCGAAAAAGCAGAUGUGGUUAAGAUGUUAUAUAUACUACCAAGCAUUAAACUGAAAAACUUUAUAGCUGAGAAAGGUGAAUCACAUUGUUUCAUAGUUUUCAAUUGUUCAGAAAAUGCAAAACUUUAUUAUGAUGCUUACAAUGGAAAAGAAAUAACAGGCAAUGGACCAAUUUAUAUGAAUUAUGUUAAGAAUGUGCCAAACUCUGAAGUUGUCUGUGCAUCAAUCAAUCCUGAGGGAUUACAUUUAUUACAAGAUUUUAUAUCAGAAGCCGAGGAGAAAGUAUUUUUGCAACGCUUCAACUGGGUAGAUGAGUCUAAUCUGAAGAAUAGACAAGUUAAACAUUUUGGCUAUGAAUUCAGAUAUGGAAGUAAUGAUGUAGACUUGAAUUCACCUUUGUGUGAGAAGAUACCGGAGGAGUGUAAUGUUCUAUGGGAGAGACUUAGCAGAUAUGGUAUUGACUUUAGGAUACCUGAUCAAUUGACAGUCAAUAAAUAUAGUCCCGGUCAUGGGAUACCAUCUCAUGUUGACAGACAUAGUCCAUUUGAUGAUACAAUACUGUCAUUAUCUUUGGGUUCUUCUGUCAUCAUGGAUUGGAAGCAUCACAGCGGCAAAUAUGUUCCACUUGAAGUCCCAGCUAGAUCCUUAUUAGUGAUGCAAGGAGAGGCAAGGUAUGACUGGCAACAUGGAAUUCAACCAAGAACAUGGGACCCGAUUAUUGAAAUUCGUAAUUCAAAUACAUCAGAACAAGUCAGAGUUAUAACAAAUGACACAGUAAUGAGACAAAUGAGGAUAUCGCUUACUUUUCGAAAAACUAGACAGGGUAGAUGUGAUUGUACAUACAAAAUGUUGUGUGACGAUAAUAAGUCCAAUAUUAUUGAAGAUGAAGUUGCUUCAAAGUUAGAAGAACUUCAUGUGCAUCAGGUGUAUGAACAAAUAGCUGGUCAUUUCAGCUCAACACGACACAAACCUUGGCCAAAAGUGGUAGAAUUUCUUAAAAACACACCGCCUGGCUCCAUUGUUCUAGAUUUAGGAGCUGGGAAUGGCAAAAAUAUACUCAAUCGUAAUGAUAUCUUGCAAAUAGCCGGCGAGCGCAGCAGUGGGCUGCUGGCCGAGUGCCGGCGCCACACGCGCGGCGCGGCGGGCGCGGACUGCGUGCGCCUCGACCUGCUCGCCGCCGGCCUGCGCGCGCGCGUCGCCGACGUCGUCAUCUGCAUCGCCGUUAUACACCACUUCAGCAACCAGGCGAGAAGACUUCAGGCGGUAUCCACAAUAGCGAGUCUAUUACGUCCUGGAGGUCGAACACUAAUAACGGUUUGGGCGAAAGAUCAAACGAAGUCAAAUUAUCUUUGCAAGGAUAAAGAAAACCUAGAUGCAAGCGUACAUUCAACAGUCGGAGGUGUCAAUCUGCCGAUACACGAAAAUCGAACACAGUUCAAACAUAAUGAUCUUCUCGUCCCGUGGAAGUUAAGAAACGUGAAGGAGAAAAAAUUAGAGAACGAAUCCAAUACGACCUUGUUAAGAUACUAUCACGUUUUCGAAGAGGGCGAAUUGGAUAAAUUGUGUAAUUUACCGGAUUUGGUGGUCGAGGAAAGUUUUUAUGAGGAGGGUAAUUGGUGUGUUAUAUGUAAAAAGAUUUAAUUUGUAUUUAAUAAAUUAUAUUUCAA